UGCCCCCUGUCCACAUCCAUCGUCGCUCUUUUUCUUGUGCCGUGAUAAGGUGCAUUGUCGUUCCUUACAGACUUGCUCAAAUAAAAAAUCCAUUUGCCGCACAUACAAACUCUCCCCGAUCCCGUUCAAAAACUCCACUGUGAUGCUCAAGUCAAUCAUCUUUGCGGCGGUCGUCCCGACACUCGUUGCAGUAGCACAAGUCAACCCCGAGGAGCCAGCCCCUGGCAAUGUCUACAACGAGGGCGCAAAAUGCAACAUCGAUUGGGGCGUAGAUACUACUGGCCAAUGGAAGACAACGAACAUUGAGCUCAUGACGGGCAGCAAUUCGGCUAUGGUCCACUUGACGACUGUUGCCACCGUUGAUGGCACCAAGGACACGUCAUUCUCCUAUACUUGUCCUGGGGUUACUAUUAACGCGCCUAUUUACUUCUAUCAAUUCUCCACACCAGAAGCACCACAGAACUUGACUUGGACGGGCCGCUUCGCCAUAGCUGACCCAAGUGGCAAGACCGUUGAUGCACCCGAUGAGGCCGACGGUAUCAAAUUCGGUACGGGCGCACUCAAGGACCCAGGCUCUGCCUCCCCGGCUCCGUCGUACUUAGGUAACUCGGUCGUCUCUACCACCGCAGGGCCAGGGAACUCAACCGCCAGCUCUGCGCCUGGGAAUACCACCGUGCAGACUGUCAUCUCCACCUCUGCAACCGGUGCGCUCACUGCUACGGGUGCACUCACGACGUUGCAGAAGAGCUCGCCGUCGCCUUCGAACGCGAAUUCCAAUCAAGCAAGCGGCUCAAGCUCGGCAGCGUCGACCACACCGUCAAAUGGAGCCAGUGCGCUUGCGCUUGACUUCAAGGCCCGUGGCCUGCAAGUAUUUGCAGGUCUUGUCAGCACCGCGCUAGUGAUUGGAACUUUGUCUUGAGCGCUUGUUUUGACCACGGAGCCGAGGACGACCUGCUGGCCCUACCCUCUUUUCGUUCAUUUUAUCUUGUUAUUGACAAUACCCCGUUCCAUAUUUACUUGUUUUCUCGCAUUUUACCCGAUACGGUUCUGCCUCGCUGCAAUGUCCCCAAUAGUAUGCAUGUGUGCCACGUCCUCCUGCCUUUCCGCAUACAGUUGCUUGGCACCUCCUACAUCACCGCAUUACGACCCCGUCAUGCUUGUCAUGCCUGCUUUGAUCUGAUCUGAUUUGAUUAUACUGGGUUAUAUGCGCAAUAGUUUAAUGUAGUGUCUGUUUGGGUACUUUCCCCUCUGUCCUUACUGGGUCUCUUCGUCUUGCGUGUGCCAUUUGUCUUCAAGUUUUGUGGCUUAUUGUACUGGAGUUGGGUUGGUGUGCCGUAGUAAUAGUAUUUAGUUAUGUCAUCC